UAGCCGUCGGCUGUGCUGUGUAGUUUUAAUAAAAUAAAUAAAAUAUGAACCGACCUGAAAUCUUUACUUUGACCAGCUAUUGUUGGUUUGAGAUAUUUAAACAAAUCAAAAUAAACUGCGAAAAGACCGAUAGUCUAAAAGAUAGAUACAACCUGGUGAAGUACUUGGAUCUCAUUAACUUUGCCAUAUGUCUUGAGUGCAUAACAAAAGCUUUUAAGCAGUGGAAUCCGCAGCUUUACGAUGAACUUGACAUUGAGAACACUUUUCUUAAUAACUCCGAGCGGAUAAAUAUAGAUUUAUCGAGUCGUUAUGAAGUCGUAAAGAGAAUUUCGCAAAAGGAUAAGGAUAUAUUUUGGAAAUCAUUCUUCAAUGCCAUCGAAGAAAAUGAAAAACUGCAAUGCGUAGAGAUCAGUUAUGAACCAAAACAGUUCCAUCCAGAUCAUUUCGAUAGAUUUGCGGCCCUUGCAAGUGCACUCAAAGAUAAGAAAACCCUUCUUUUUUUGCAGGUACAAAUUCAGGAGAUUUUUGAGAAUUUUAGGCUAUACCUUUGAGAAUGUGCCCGAGUUGGGCAACUUGAGAAGCUUAUAUCUUGAUGUACGAAUGACUACUGAUGACCUCAUCGAGUUGUGUCGUUCGAAUCCAAAGCUACACUAUCUUGAAUUUAAGAGCACUGAGCUAUAUGGACGCUUGUCUGAUAUUGUGCCAUAUUGCCACAAUCUGGAGAAGCUAACUUUUACCCUAAAACCAGAUGUAGAUGCCAAGGAAUAUGCUCCAAUUGCCAAGUUACCGCAAAUCAAAAAAUUAAGACUAUAUGGACAACACCAAGAGGGAACUCUCGUCGACUUGUUCAAAGGCCUUAAAUUCAGUAAUUUGAAUGAAAUAUUCAUUCCAGAUAUUCAUCUCAGUAAGGAAGAGACCCAGGCGCUAUCCGAAAUAAAUUCUUUAGGAAUGAUAAAAAGUGCCUUUAGAUAUGUAUCAAGUAUUGCAAAUUUGGUAAAGCUUCCAUGGCUACAAUAUCUAUCUAUAAAAAUUGAUCAAUCAGAGCAAACUGAACUAAUAGAAUCCUUAAUACCUUUAAUAACCCGGACCAGUGUUGAAAUCGUGUCAGAUUUAUAUAGAUUCUUAAUGUUGUUUACUGAGGAAGAUGGGGUCCUUCGUUUGAGAUUUGAUCUUUCUAAGGUUAUGGAAGACUUCUUAAUAACCCAACUCAUCGUCUCCCUUUGCCAGCGAUUAAAUAUAAGCCAUCUUAUUUUAAUUGGAGAUUUCGGUAGCUUCUUAGGACAAACAAUGUUUUGUAUUUUAGCUUCUAAGAAGCCACAGAUUCUUCAGGAAUUAAUGUUUUUGAGAGAUAAACCCUUGAAUACAGAGGAAGCUAAUGCACUUGGUGCCAUUCAAUCCUUAAAGGUUAUAUUUUGCAGAUUUAAACAUUUGAAAAGUAUGAUUGCCUCAAAGGUUCAACAACUUAAUGGGCUUUGGGAAAAAGCUAAGAGAGUGGAUAAAAUAAAAACUGAAGAAGUGGAACUACGCUUUAUUCAUGAAAGCAAUAAUAAAAUUACACUAACUCUAUUCUUUCCUGGUACGGAAGUUGAUCACAGCAUCUUUGAUUCGCUUAAGGAUUUAAACAACUUGAGAAAAGUUGAAAUUAAAGGCACAUUGGUCGACGGUUCUCUUGGAACUCUCUUUAAAAGUUUGGCUUUUCAAAAUCUUCAGGAACUUCAAAUUCCUAUAGUUGAUCCUGAAGAACUUACAGCUUUAUCACAAAUUAGUAGCUUGAAAAUCCUGAGCUGCGGUUUAUAUUGCUCCCAAAAUAUUGAACAUUUAGCCAAUUUAAAGCAACUCGAAUCUCUAACUUUAACCGUACAUCCCAAGGGCUCUUUGGAAAAACUCUUCCAACUGCUGGCCUCUAAGGAAAAUCAAGUACUCCGUCAUCUCAAUAUUCAAAAUAUUGUACUCACUACUGAGGAGAUUUUUCAAGUUAGUCGCAUGAAAUCUUUGGAGAGAUUAUCACUAGGGAGAAAAUUUACCAAAUUAAAUCCUUGGAUUACAGAAAACUGGCUAGAACGACGCAGUUGCCAAAAGUGUCUUCCAUCUCCUGAAAGUCACAUUAAUAAGCCACAUAAUAAGAUAAUCACUACGAAAUGUAGUCAAAACUUAAAUGAAGCCGAGGUGGUUGCCUCUAAAUACUCGGAUUUCUUUCUGGGUUAUUCAUCAGAAAGUGCCAGCAAUUGGGAACUCUUGGGUGAUCUGCCAAAUUUAAAGGAACUCUGUUUUUAUACCUCCUUUAAGGUUGAAUGUCUGCACAAUCUUUUAAGAAAAUUAUGCCAAUCUGAUCAUCAGAAAAUAACCAAGUUUUCCCUGACUCUGCAUCCCGAACGCAUCGAUGAUAAUGAAGAGAGUCUAUACAAGACCAUUGAACAGAUUGGUUUUCUUCAAAAUCUAACAGAUUUGUACUUGGAGAACUCUGAGGGAUAUGUACUAAGUGAUCUCUUGAACUUUCUACAGACCUCAUCGAUACUACGUAGCCUUAUGCUGAAUAGAACUUUUAUAGAUUACGAGGAAUCUUUAAAAGUUGGAAGAAUACAAAAUCUAGAAAAACUCCUUGUCGGAUUUUCCAAUGAAGAUAGUUUUCAGGUACUCACUAAGCUAAGUGAACUUAAAGAUUUGCAUAUGAUUUCAACUCACGAAACAAUUGUAGAUAAAAUAAUGCCAAUUUUAAGAACUUGUAAGAAGCUUAAGUAUAUUUUUUUAACUCACGAUUUGAGUCGGGGAUAUAUUGAUUCUUUAUUGGAAAUUCUUAAAUCAGUGAGAGAGCCAAGUACUCAGGGUCCUUUAAUACUAAAAGCUCAAUUAAUAGAUUCUGAUUUUGAAGUUAAGCUAAACAAACUUGAUGCAACCUAUUUAAACAUAGAACAAGAACCCAUAAAUGAAGGCUUUUUAGAAACUGAAAAAUUGCAACUUACAGCCAUGACAAGCACAAUUUGGAGUCGUUGGUGGUAGAAGAUACUAAGAAUAAUCUUUAUUUUGAUUAUUCCCAUUAAAAAUCUAAAUAAACAUAACAGUUUUUUUAUAGUUGAAGCUAAAAUUUCAACUGAUAUUAAACCGAAACAACAAAUAUCCGUCAGUCAUUAAAAUGCAUUCGAUUUGGAACAUCAUUUUCAUUACUAAUCAGAGCGAUAGCCGACGGAAUGCUCAUGCAUUUUUAAUGAUCCACAUUUUGUGGCCGGAAGGAAGCGCAACACGUAAACGUGUUAAUAUGGACAACACAAUCUAUUAAUUUGUCAACAAUAAAGUAAGACAACGACAGGCGACAUCGUUACCGAAUGAGAGACCAUUGAUUGGCCAGGAUGAUGGCCUCUCUUGGCUCCCAGCUUCCAUCUCCAGUUCCCAGCUUCCAGUUCCAUCUCGAUGACCAGGCCAGGCGCUUGUUGUCAGCGCAGCAGGUACGAAAUUAAUAUGCGAGCAACAAUUAAGAUAAGCGCGCAAAGUUGUGAAGUUGGAUGCUCUGCGAGGAGGGCGCAGUCGGUGGCCCCAAUUGAGGUUUUGUCCGGCGGAGCGAGACCACAGCAGCCGCCAAUGACUAAGGCGACAACAAGCUGGCAAGACAGGCAAGUUGGGAGAAAGACAAAAAAAUACAUACAUAUAUACACCACCAAAUCACAGGGAGAAAAAUUUAUCACCAAAAGUCUGUCAACAGUUUGGUAUUUCCUAUUAAUGUUUA